AUGUGUUUUUUUUUCUUCGAGUAUACAAUGCAGAAAAGAGGAUUUAACUUAAAAGGUAUGACAACUGUGGCUUUUGAUAUUGGCAGCUGUUUUACGAAGGUGUACUUUGGCGGAGAUACACCUGGCAGGCGUGUCUUUAAGACACCGCUGGGCCUUCGGAAACUCAAAGAGCGUUUUGAUAUUACAUUGGAAAGUGCGGUACUGGAUUAUUUCUUGAGGAGAUUGUGCUCUGCUGUGGGUCUACUUGAAUCUUGUAAACGGAUUGAGGUGCUGGUUUCACCAGGGGAUUAUUCCCUGUUCACCCAGUACGUCCUGCGUUGGUUGGCUUCGGCCUCGCUUAGUAGAUUGCCAAUAGUUGUAGAUGGCCCUUCUUGGUUGUUGAAAGCCCAUGGGAUGACAGACGGUUGUGUGGUGGACAUUGGUUACCAAGCCACCCGUGUUGUUCCCAUUCUUUCCUCGAUUCCCGUGGUGGAGGCAAUCACCAUCGGUAGCGGAACAAGAGAGUUUCUUGCGCUGUCGGCAGAGGGAUGGCUAACCUCAUCCGAAGCCAUUUCACCGUCAUCAUCAUCAUCACAAUUGCAGGGUUUGCUAAUUGAGAUGUCGCAGUGCAUAUUCGUUCUUCUUGAAGAGGCCGUGGCUCAUUGUAAUGCGCAUACACAGCGUCCUUUUGUCUCUGCUGUGUUUCUCCUCACAGGAGGUGGAGUCGCAGUGGAGGGACUAGUGAAGGGGAUUCAAUCUAGUGUUCUGAAAAUGUGGCCUAACUCUCACCUGUUUUUUGCUGAAACAGCUUCUCCCGCCCUAUGGAGUUUAUCCCUCAACUCGUGA